GUUGCACUCCAAUAAUAGAGGCACAAACUGUUAAUCAGAGGGGUUGCUGGGGUAGAGAUAAUGCUUUAAGGAUCUUUUGCCUUUUUUGGGGAUUUUCUUGCGACGUGCUAUUUUUCUCCAGACAUGAAACAAGUAUUUGUUCUGCUGCCAGUUUUGUUGGCCAUUGUGUCUUCUUGUCCUGAUUGGGAGUUCGCCUGUACAUCUGGAGAAUGUCUUCCUGCUGGACUCGUCUGUGAUUUUAAGACGGACUGUGAAAAUGGCUCAGAUGAAGAGUUUUGUGGGUCAUGUGACUUCGAGCAUCACUCUUGUGGUUGGAACGACACCAGUAAUGGCAACUACCACUGGAGACGGCAGACAGCAAAUAUCACCUCAAUACCUGGACUGGAUCAUACCACAGGAAGUCCACUGGGGCAUGUCAUGCAUAUAGAUGGAGAAGAAGGUGGUGGUUUUAAAACGGCUAAAUUGGAGUAUUCUGUUGAAAAGUUGGCAGCUCCGGGAUGUCAGAUCAGCUUCUGGUACCAUAUUUAUCAGAAGACAACAUCAUCAUCUUCAUCAACCCUUAAAUUAACGCUCAGAGGUAACACUGAGAGGGACUUGCUGGAGAUAACUAAAAAUGAAACAGACGGUUGGGAGAAUGCCAAAGCCUUCAUCGGUAAUCAGCCAGCAGGAUACAAGCUGCGGUUGUCAUUCAGCCCUCCAUAUGGGGAAACAAUAGAUGUCAUGCUGGAUGAUAUACGCUUUGAGAACUGUGGAGAGGGAGAUGUCCCGGCAGGAUCAGACCAACUCUCAUGUGAUUUUGAAAAGGACACCUGUUCCUGGUACAAUGACUUCACUGCCAGCCUUUUGUGGAAAAAGAGUAAUGAGGGAUCUGGAAAUGGCAACUACAUGGUCAUAACUGCUACACCCACACUAAAUAUCUCCUCAGCAGCCAGAUUCAUCAGCUUCCCUCAGCCUGCAGGUCAAAUCAUAUGCGUGAGCUUCCAGUACUACAUAUUUGGUAACAGCAUUGGUUCUUUGAAGUUUAUUUCAAAGCGUUCUGGUGAAGCGGAGACGGUUGUGUGGAUGAGAAGCGGCACCCAGGGAAACAAAUGGAGGUUUGCUGAUCUUACCUUCAACAGUGACAAACCAAUACAGUUUAUUAUAGAAGCCGUGGUGGGUGGAAAGCAAGGCAGAAUAGCCAUUGAUGACAUAAUAGUGUCCAGCAGUGAGACUGACUCUUGUCCGGCUGAGAGAGAGUGCACCUUCCAGGGCUCCCUUUGUGGUCUGCUGCCCCAACCGUCUGCACACAGCUGGAGCCGGAUCACAGGGACGUCCCAACCAGCCAAUUCUUCAGGCCCUGUGGCAGAUCACACUCUGGGCACAGAGCAAGGUUAUUACCUGAGCGCCCAGUUGUGGAGUCAUCCUGUGGGGACCAGAGUUGCAGUGAUGACUGCUUUGAUGGAGCCUAGCACUCCUGAUGGAGAGUGCCUGAUGUUCUGGUACUACAUGGAGGGAAGUGAGGUGGGGGAACUCAAUGUUUACCUUCAAACCCUUGACAACAACAGACGCUCUGCCCCGCUCUGGACCAGAAGUGGAGAUCAGGGGAAGCACUGGAGGCACGGAAGAGUAACACUUCUCAGUCCCACCCAGUAUCAGGUGAUUUUUGAGGCGGUGGUUGGGGAUGGACCGAGGAGAGACGUCGCCAUUGACGACCUCACUAUCCUGAAUGGUGCCUGUCCCCCGCCAGGUUUUUGUGACUUUGAAAUGGACUUCUGUGGUUGGGUGAACAAACCUCCUGCAGAGUCUGGCGUGGACUGGGACUGGCUCUCAGGGGACAGUGAGGUUUCCUUUCAGGUUCUUAUUCCAAAGAAGGACCACUCCACAAAUUCUGCUUUGGGCCACUUUGCAUUCUUUACAGCCCUUGGAUCUGAUAGAGAAGAAAUCGCCCGACUGGAGAGUGAGACAAUGGAGGCAGUAGACCAAGCUUGCCUGGAGAUGUGGCACUACACCAGUGGAUGGUUAUCAGAUCGCCCCACAGACGUUACACUGACAGUGUUUUUGAAUGAGUCUGCUGGACUGCGUCCUUUGUGGAAUACAAACGGUUAUACGAAUGAAACAUGGAUCAAAGACAGGGUGGACUACAAUGCAUCAGGGCUUCACCAGAUUAUUUUACAAGCCCUUUGUCCCAGUUCAAAGCAAGGAAACUUUGCACUGGACGACGUCCACAUCAUCAGGGGCAUGUCUUGUGAUGACGUUAUCUCAACCACCACCCCAAACCCUGCCACAACGACCACCGCUGCUCCUGCCUCCGCCAUGGACUGCACUUUUGAACAAGGUCUAUGUAUUUGGGUUCAGGAGGUCAGUGAUGAUUUGAACUGGACCCUCAGUCGAGGACUUCAAGUGGAGCAGCCAUGGGCUGGACCUCAGUAUGAUCAUACUGUUAACAAUAAUGAAGGUUUCUUCUUACUGCUGAAUGGAUCUGGAUCUAAGAAUGGAGAGAGAGCAGUCAUCUCUGCUCCUGUAAUCAAUCAACAAUCAGAUGAUAUCUGUGUUGGAUUCUGGUACUACAUGCUCGGGCCUUCAGUAUCCACCCUGGAUCUGCUGGUUGAGACUAAUUCCUCUGAAGUGUUAGUGUGGACUCGCCAAGGGACCCAGAAUCCAGAGUGGAUUAAUGCACAAGUAACCGUCAGCAUGAAAAAUGUGAUACGGGUGAUGUUUACAAGUCAUAGAGACACCAACAGUAAAGGAUUCAUUGCCAUUGAUGACCUUACAGUGAGGGAGGGGGCCUGCAGUAAUCAGAAUGUGUGUGGGUUUGAUUCCAGCUGGUGUGGUUUUGUGAACAGUGUCAGUCACAGGGGUCAGUGGUUGCGCAAAGGAGGCACAAAACAUGAGGUGGAUCACACCUAUGGAAGUGAAAAUGGUUUCUACAUGACGACAUUAUCAAACUCUACACAGAGGGAAGUAGCUGAGCUGCUCACAUCUGAGUUACCAGCUUCAGAUUUAUGUGUACGCUUCUGGUACUGGUUACCUGUAGGGUAUACCGACAUCCUUGCCGUGCAUGUGCUGCGGAGCGGGGAGGAGGGUGAUGCACUUUGGCAACGAUCAGAAGUGCCCUCGUCAGGCUGGGAGGUGGCAGAGGUCACUGUGUCCUCUCCUGCAAAAUUCCGCGUGGUUUUUAAGGCAGUCCAUAUGCCAGACACUAACUCUACAGUGAAAUUAGAUGAUAUUUCUGUGAGGGAUGGGGCUUGCGGUCCUCCAGGCACCUGUGACUUUGAGUCCGGACAGUGCACCUGGAUCAACAUCCCUAAAGAAGAUGGACAUAACUGGGUGCUGUCCAGUGGAGGUUUCCAGGGUCCGCCGACAGACCACACCACUCAGACCCCACAGGGUUGGUUCUUGUUGAGCUCAUCACUGCACCAAAACCACAGCAGUCUCACACAGGUAAUGUCACAAUGGAUCCACCCGAGAGACACCAGCUCCUGUCUCACCGUAUGGUACUAUAUCGACAGCAGCGACUCUGGGACAUUGAAGAUGUACCUGCGUUCAGGGCCGAUGGAGGAAGACCUGAUGUUCAACAGUAACAGCAGUGGACGCAGCUGGAUCAGCUUCUCUCAAUCUGUAGAGAGGAACAAACCUUUCCAGCUGUUGAUAGAAGCGGAAACUAACAACAGAGGAUUUAUCGCUAUUGACGACAUCAGUGUCACACCAGGCCUUUGUCGAGUAAAUGAAACAAGUUUGGGAUUUGUGGGUUGUUCGUUUGAAAAUGGCACAUGUGGUUGGGAGGACAUCAGUGUUGGCCAGUUUCAGUGGAUGACAGGAAGGAAUGCUUCUGAGAACCUUGGACCCUCUGUGGACCACACAGUGGGCACUGAACUGGGUUGGUACCUGGCAGUGAAUUCUGACCGAGGAGAUCAAAACAGCCCUGCUGCCGUGCAGAGUCCCACCAUGAAACAGGCCAGUGCCACCUGCACACUACAAUUCUACUACAACAUGUUUGGAGAGGACAUAAAAGAGCUGAGUGUGGUGUUAAAGGAAGGCUCCAGGACCACCACACUGUGGUGGCUAUCUGGUAGCCAUGGAGACUUGUGGCGUCAUGGUGAGGUAAUGGUUGGUCGAAUGCCUCAGGACUUCACCAUCCUGUUUGAAGCCUCCCGGACCUUCACCAAGCCUGGGCACAUUGCCAUUGAUGACAUAGAUUUCACCAACUGCACCCUGCCUAAGCCCCAGCCCCUGUGUCCAGAGAAUAUGUUCACGUGCAACAACAGUGUAUGUGUGGAGCACAACAGAGUGUGUGACUUCAGCGAUGACUGUGGGGACUGGUCUGAUGAGAACAACUGUGAGUCACAAGGUGUUGUGGAGCGCUGCAGCUUUGAACAAGGCCUGUGUUCCUGGGCGGACAGUGACGUGGACACACCUGGAGCUCAGUGGACACAUCACAAAGUACAGGAAGCCUGGCCCAAUCAUGGCCCUCCCAGGGAUCACACCCAAAACUCUGAUGCAGGUCACUAUGUGAUACCUGGGACUCACCUAACUGAGAGGGGCCAGACAUCAGAGAUGUUCUCCAAAACUUUACUACCCAGCUCCAACUGCACUGUGAGAUUCUUCUUCUUCAGCCUGGAUGAUGCGGCAGCCAGACUGACAGCCCAGUCCAGGACACUACGGUCUGGUAGUGAUGACUCUGUGUUAUGGCUCAGUGAAAACUCACAGAGUUACAGCUGGCGGAGGGCAGAGGUCACAUUCUCCUCCUCAGACAAUAGCAAGAUUGUCUUCAGAUAUGAGCGAGGUGAAGGUCACAGAGGGCUGGUUGCACUGGACGACAUCUCUUUCUCCAGGGAGUGUGUAUUUGACCCUGACAACAACAAACUGCCUGACACAUCACCCACCUCUGUCCCACUUACAUCUUCAAACACACCCACAUCUCCAGCUACACCCUCAACCUCGAUUGCACCGACCCACCCCUGUCCGGAUAAUGAGUUUUUCUGUUGGCGGUCAUCUGGAGAAGUGUGUAUCCCAGAAACCUUACAAUGUGAUUAUCAUCUAGACUGCCCCCAAGGGGAGGACGAGGAUGGCUGUGGUCAGUGUACAUUUGAGAGUAACCAGUGCCAAUGGGCUGACACCAGUGAUGGUCAGAGCAGUUGGCAGAGAGAGAAAGCCGGUAACGAUAGCGAGCCGUCCACUGAUCACACUACAGGCACAGGCUACUACAUGAGAGUGAAUUUCAGCCAGGGGUCCACACAGGUUGAGGCCAGACUCCAGAGUCCCCCACUACCCCCUUCGUCCCUCUACUGCCAGAUUCUGUUUCACUUCCACAUCAGUGCAGAGAGUGCUGGGUCACUCAGAGUGCUUAUGCAGCAAGCUGAAGGGAGUGAAGCAAUCCUGUGGUCACGCAGUCACAACACUGUCUCCCAUUGGACCCAAGAGCAUCUGUUUCUAGGCCCGCACCAGCAGCAUUAUAAGGUUUGGUUCAGCAGCACCAAUCAAGUGAAUCAGACUGCUGGAGAUCACAUUGUUGCUGUGGAUGAUAUCUCUUUUCUGAACUGUGAAAAAUCCUACCAACCACCUGCCCUGUCUUCCUCUAGCUGUUCUUUUGAAGAAGAUCUGUGUGUUUGGGUGAAGGGGGCUGAAGAUGAGUUGUACUGGCUCAGCAGGUCUGGUCCCACUGAAACCCCCAACACCGGGCCUGCAGGAGACCACACUACCGGCAAAGGGAAGUACCUUUACAUCAAGAGUUCCCCACCAAGUGUAAAAGGAAACAAGGCCCAACUGAAGUCUCCGCUGCUGCCACCUGCUGACAAAAACGGAUACUGUGUCACAUUUUGGCACCACAUGUUCGGAGCUACGGUGGGCUCCUUGAGGAUGCUUCUGCAAACAGCAGAUCCCUUGAAGAAAACAGUGGUGUGGCAAAAAUCAGGAAACCAAGGGGAUGAGUGGCAGCUGGUGCGGAUCCACGUGACCUUGCAGAAAGUCCACCAAGUGAUUCUGGAGGCUACAGUUGGAGGAGAGGCGGGAGACAUAGCCAUUGAUGACAUCUCCCUCAUCAGUGGACUGUGUCCUACCUCUGAUAUGUGUGACUUUGAGGAGGGUAGCUGUGACUGGAAGCAGCACACCACAGAUGACUUCGACUGGGUCAGACAGUCGGGCUCCACCCUCAACCCCAGCACUGGGCCAGACAGUGACCACACCACCAACACACCCACGGGCCAUUACUACUUCCUGUCCUCCUCUGCUGCUGACCGUGCAGGCCAGACAGCUGAAAUGUCUUCACCGCUGUACCCUGCAGGCAAAGGAGCUUGUGUGCAGCUGUGGUACCACAUGUACGGCAAAGGAAUGGGGAUGCUGAACGUUUACCAGCAGAGUGAAGAAGGGAAGCAAACUCUGAUUUUCUCUCAGACAGGAGACCAGGGCCAGCUGUGGAGGUUUGCUCAGGCUUCACUUCUGCCUCGGACUCAGCCUUACAGGAUCGUGGUGGAAGGUGUGAAGGCUGAGCCCACAGAGGAGGGAGACAUGGCUUUUGAUGAUGUUCAACUGACAGACGCUCAGUGUCCUCCUCCUGGACACUGUGACUUUGAGAUUAACAUGUGCAGCUGGAGCAACCUGGGAGGAGAAGUCGACCAGGAGGACUGGCUUCGUGGGAGAGGAGCCUCCCCAAAUCCCAACACCGGACCCAGUGUUGAUCACACCACCAACUCAACACAUGGUUACUAUCUGUAUGUGGACAGCUCUGUGGGUGAGUGGGGAGACACAUCCUUCCUGAUCAGUGAUGUCUUCCAGCCGUCCACUAGAGGUCACUGUCUGACAUUCUGGUACCACAUGUAUGGCGACAACGUUGGGACUCUGAGGGUUUACAUUAAUGACAGAAAAAUGCAUUCUGGUGGUUAUGAAGAAGGGACUCUGAAGUGGAUUGAGUCGGGAAACAAGGGAGACAAGUGGCAGGAGGCCAGAGUGCCUAUUAAACAUAAAGAAGCAUUCUGGUUUGUGUUUGUGUAUCAGAGGGGGAUGAAUACAGGUGGGGACGUUGCUCUGGAUGAUAUCACCGUCCUCCCUGGCAGCUGCUACUCGGAGCCACCCGUUGACCCUCCUGGUGAUGAUAAUGACAUGUCCGUAGGUCUGGCUGUCGGUCUGACUCUGCUGGCUGGAGUCAUCGUCGCCAUCUUCCUCUUUGUGCUGAACAUGAAGCGUAAUACAAUGAAUCAACCGACAAUUUUCAGUAACGACGCAAUUGACCAGGCCUCUGUGCUCGACCUCUUUGACUGCAAAAUAGAUGGAACACAACAAGGACCUGAGUCGGAAUUUUCCUUCUUCAACAAAAUGUAUGACCCAUCGCCACAUGUAACUGACAGCACCGUGGCUUCAUCCGAUGCUUGAUGAACUACAGUGAAAUAAAUAAACGAUAACCAGUUUGUAAAUGAUGCCUGUGUUCUUAGAGAUAUUUGUUGUCCAUUAAAAACUAUUAUUUAGAAAAUGAAAUAUUGAUGUUAGUGUGAAAGUUUGAAAAUGGAUCAACGUUGUGAGCCUUUAGUUUUAAUAAUGACAACUGGAUUAAUAAUUAUAUGAACAUAAUUAUUUCUUACCUGGAAAUACUGACAGGCAGAGCAACAAACCCUGCAGAACUUUGAAAGUGUAAAAGCCAUUUUUAUGAAAUAGAAUUUAACAAACACCCUUUUGUAACUGUUGUUGUUUUUGUUGGUUGACCCGGCAGAACCGGCAGAACCAGUUCUCCUGUUGAACUAAACCUAAGUAGUUACUUUAAGAAGCUGUACAUUGUAAAGGUGACUGUCUGCUGAGCAUAGAGAGCUGAAAUUACAACUCUGUUUGUUUACCAAGUGUAUAUUUACAUAUUAAAAUAAUUUAAUUUGUUCACAGAAAAUCACUGAAAUACAAACAUGUAAAGAUGUGCACAUAAAGCUCAAUUAUUUUUCAUUAUUGAAUUAUUCUUUCUCCCUUCACAAGGGAAGUAUGUAUAAAACGUAUUAAAAAAUGUCUAAUUAUAAUACAGUUCUGGUUAGUUUAAACUAUAGCAUGCAUUGUAUUUCAUGAUCUUCAUAGCUCCAAGCGUCAUGUUUCUUAAAAUAAAAGUCUAAUCUUUAUUUGUAGAGGGACGAGGAAUUGAAGCUGAAAAACAAUUGCAGUGGAGUAAAAAUAUAUAUUGUAAUGAAAAGGUAAUAAUGGAGUAAAGUAUGUGACCUCAGAUGUGUACAGUGCUUCUGGUUUGAUAAUGCUUAUGAAGGGAUGUAUAUCUUCAACCUUCUCAUAGACCAAACACUGCAAACUUGUUUUUCUAACUUGCAUAAUGUAAACAGAAAGAUUUUCUUACUCUUUCAGGGGGAAUCAGUUUUGGUGUAACUUACUAGAUGAAAUAAAUCUGUGAAUAAUA